AUGGAGAAAGAGGAUCAAGAGAAGACAGGGAAGCUGACCCUGGUGCUUGCCCUGGCAACUUUCCUAGCUGCCUUUGGUUCCUCCUUCCAGUAUGGGUACAACGUGGCUGCCGUCAACUCGCCCUCAGAGUUCAUGCAGCAGUUCUACAACGACACCUACUACGACAGAAACAAGGAGAACAUUGAGUCCUUCACCCUGACGCUGCUGUGGUCCCUGACUGUCUCCAUGUUCCCCUUCGGAGGUUUUAUAGGAUCUCUCAUGGUUGGAUUCUUGGUGAAUAAGUUGGGCAGAAAAGGGGCCUUACUGUUCAACAACAUAUUCUCCAUCCUGCCAGCCAUCUUGAUGGGGUGCAGCAAAAUUGCCAAAUCCUUUGAGAUAAUAAUUGCUUCCAGACUUCUGGUUGGAAUAUGUGCAGGUAUAUCUUCCAAUGUGGUCCCCAUGUACUUAGGCGAGCUAGCCCCCAAAAACCUUCGAGGGGCUCUUGGAGUGGUUCCUCAGCUCUUCAUCACUGUGGGCAUCCUUGUGGCCCAGCUGUUUGGCCUUCGGAGUGUCUUGGCAAGCGAGGAAGGCUGGCCAAUCCUCCUGGGUCUGACUGGAGUCCCUGCCGGCCUGCAGCUCCUCUUGCUGCCCUUCUUUCCUGAGAGUCCCCGCUACCUGCUGAUUCAGAAGAAAAAUGAAUCCGCUGCUGAGAAAGCCCUUCAGACCCUUCGAGGUUGGAAAGAUGUGGACAUGGAGAUGGAGGAGAUCCGGAAGGAGGAUGAGGCUGAGAAGGCGGCAGGCUUCAUCUCUGUGUGGAAGCUGUUCCGCAUGCAGUCCCUCCGCUGGCAACUCAUCUCCACGAUCGUCCUCAUGGCCGGCCAGCAGCUGUCAGGAGUGAACGCGAUUUACUACUACGCUGACCAGAUCUACCUCAGCGCAGGGGUGAAAAGCAACGACGUCCAAUAUGUGACGGCUGGGACUGGGGCCGUCAACGUGUUCAUGACCAUGGUCACGGUCUUUGUGGUAGAGCUCUGGGGACGUCGGAUUCUUCUCCUCAUCGGCUUCUCCACCUGCCUCACAGCUUGCAUAGUGCUGACGGCCGCACUGGCACUGCAGAACACCAUCUCCUGGAUGCCCUAUGUCAGCAUCGUCUGUGUCAUUGUCUACGUCGUAGGACAUGCCGUGGGGCCCAGUCCCAUCCCUGCCCUGUUCAUCACCGAGAUCUUCCUGCAGUCCUCCCGGCCGUCCGCCUACAUGAUCGGAGGCAGCGUCCACUGGCUCUCUAACUUCAUCGUGGGUCUCAUCUUCCCAUUCAUUCAAGUGGGCCUUGGUCCUUACAGCUUCAUCAUCUUUGCGAUUAUAUGUCUCCUCACCACCAUCUACAUCUUCAUGAUCGUCCCAGAGACCAAGGGCAGGACGUUUGUCGAGAUCAACCAGAUUUUUGCCAAGAAGAACAAGGUGUCGGACGUAUAUCCGGAGAAGGAGGAAAAGGAGCUUAAUGACCUCCCACCUGCUACCCUGGAGCAGUAGCAGAGCCAGGCCACCAGGCAGUAUGGCCAGUCUGCAUGGGCCUCCUGUCUAGACUUUGGUUCUGGAUUCUUAGUGUCUGUGACACUAGAAGGGACACGAGCCUGGCGGGGAAUGGCAGCCCCGUCACCAGCCUCCACUCAGUGGGGACACCUGACGGGCUUUCGUGCUUCCGUGCUGUCCCUAACCAUAGAGGCCAGUCACGGGCUCUCGGUCGCAUACAAAGCCAUACCUGGCCUUUGCUGGGUUGACUGUGGCGAGGGUCUUGUAACAUUGCUUUUCUAACAAAAACAGUUGCCGAGAGACAAGACGUGACGGUCCUUUUUUUUUUUUUUUUAACUUUUUUUUUUUCUAUUCUUUUUUUUUUUCGGAGCUGGGGAUCGAACCCAGGGCCUUGCGCUUGCUAGGCAAGCGCUCUACCACUGAGCCAAAUCCCUUGUGCGGCUCCUCCCAUGGGCGUGGAGAGACCACUGGCAUCUGCUGGUGAUUGAUGUGGUCCUCUUUUUCUGACCCAGCCAUGUCACAAAGCUGAGGAACAGACCACUUGGGGAGACACACGGAGCGUGAAUUAUCAACUGUCAACGACAGUAUUCUGUUUAGCCAAUAAAACAGAUCUGAUCACUUCUUA